CAAAGCAGCUGGGAGCAUUUAAUCACGUGAUGCGAGAGCUGGUACAGAGCAGCCAUCAUCAUUUCACCUAAUUCAUUACCAGGCUGAAGUGGUCCCAGGUACGCCCACGAGGAAACAGAAAACUACGAUGGAGUAACCAGGAGAAGCCUCUGAAGCCUGUCCCGGUGUCCUCCUCCCCGUCGUUUCCCCACUUUAACAAGGUAGGGUUCGAACAACACCUGGCUGACCAUCACAGACACGAGGUAGCGACAAACCUGCUACUUGGGUUGCAGGAGCACAGUGGAUGAGAAGGUCUGAGGCUGAUUACUCGCCCGUUAAGUCUUUGAGGAGGUCGGGGUGGGGGCAGGGGGAGAGCUGCUAGAACCACUCCGAGCAUGGGGCAAAAAGUCCCAGGUGGCAUUAAAACCAUUGAUAUGCGGGAUCCAGCGUUCAGCCCCCUGAAGCUGGAGCUACAGGCCCUGAGUCGCACCAAGCCGUCUCGACUGGACCUGCUGCUGGACAUACCCCCUGCCGGUGCAGACGUCCAGGUCCAGCAUUCGUGGAACAAUGAUGACCGCUCCCUGAACAUCUUUGUCAAGGACGACAACAAGCUGGUGUUUCACCGGCACCCUGUGGCACAGAGCACCGACGCCAUCAGAGGGCGCGUCGGCUACACGAGGGGCUUGCACGUGUGGGAGAUCAGCUGGGCAAUGCGUCAGAGAGGGACGCACGCUGUGGUCGGUGUGGCUUCGAGCGAUGCCCCGCUACACUCGGUGGGCUACACGGAUUUGGUGGGAAGCAACGCAGAUUCCUGGGGCUGGGACCUGUGCCGGAGUAAACUCUACCACGACGGCAAGAACCACCCAGGAAAAACCUACCCGUCCUUUCUCGAGCCAGACGACACCUUCAUAAUACCAGACUCCCUGUUGGUGGUGUUGGACAUGGAUGAGGGGACUCUGGGUUACAUAGUGGAUGGACAUUAUCUAGGGGUGGCAUUCAGGGGGCUAAAGGGCAGGAAACUGUACCCCGUGGUGAGCGCAGUGUGGGGACACUGUGAAAUAAGAAUCCGGUACAUAAAUGGACUGGAUCCCGAACCCCUUUCCCUGAUGGACCUAUGUAGGCGUUCGGUGAGGGUGGCAUUAGGAAGAGAGCGUUUGGGUGAAAUCCACAGACUGCCCCUGCCCGCUUCUCUCAAGAACUACUUGCUCUACCAAUGACGCCGGCGAUGGUAACGACGCACUCUGCACACCCUCGUCCCGCUCUCGUUUUUCUCUGGGAUCCUUCUUGGGUUGAACCCGUUUGACAACAUUGCUUAAGCAUGCUGGACUCAGCCUUUUUUAAGUGCGCUUUUGUGAUAGUGGGUGGACACCUUUUGUGUUUCUUAACCCGUUUCUAUGACUCUUUGCAAAUGUUUUCUCAAACUUUAUUAAAUCAGGAAUCAGAGCGCUAUGCACAUGCUGAUCCUGACAGUCGCCGUGUUGGUGUACCUUCCAAAUGUGACAUUUGUGGUUGGUAUCUCUGCUGUAAUUUUAUGAAUUUCUAUCUCCAAGCCUUUUUUAAAAUUUGUCGUCUCAGUCUUGCUCAAAUGGAACUGUGAUGGAUAUUAAUUCAACUUUUAGAAUUGGUGCGCAAAGCACUGCAUGCAUCUAACCACAAGGUGGCAGUAAACGAAUCUGUCCAUGCUCUCAACUUGUAUUGGAACUUUAAUUCCCAUUUGUUCUUAAGUUUCUUUUUAAAUGAAUAUUUAAUAAAAUUGUUGACACAUCGCAAAGAAGAUGCUGACCACUAAAAGGUGGGUCUGCAUUGCAGUGUGGAUGAAUGCACUGAGGCAGCUGUAGAGCAGCUCCAACCUCACUGUAAUCUAUAUUCUCUGCGAUUAUUAAAGCGAUACCUAUCCAACGCGAUCAUCCACAGCAGAAAUUUUAACGUAUGGUUAAUGUCACUGACUUAUUUCUAGCAUGCAUCUGCAGGUAAUCUCAACACAAUCAUGUCUUUUAAAGAAAUAUUUCAGUCACUCCUGCUUUUUUUUUUUUUUUUUUUUUUUUUUUUAAAUGCAGUAAUUUUCAACCAACCAAUGAGCUAUCCACUUAAGUGGUUCUUUGCGAGAGCCUGCUUCUCUUGGGUCUCACCAGCACAAAGCUGAGAAUUAUGUUGUAUUUGUUAUGACAUGUGCUGUGCCUGAGUCUACAAAGUUCAGAUUUAGGGCAACAAUAAAUAAUCUGCAACGUGCUGCACAAAUGGAAUGAAAGAUCAGAUCACCAAUAUAUUUUCAAACACCAUAUCCUAGAUCUGUUAACUAGUCUUUUUAUGUGAAGAUGUUGUUGACACACUGUGCCUCAUCCUAUUUUCCUUGAUUUCAGCUUUCAUUUUAUUUGUAUUUUCUUGUAGAUUUGUAUGUAUCUAUUAAAGUUUAUUUCAAAGUGUAUGUGGGUAUGUAUUGUGCACUCUACAGUGAAAAUGUCCCUUAGCUACUGUGGAUAGAAAAAUGUAUUUGCUGCAUUUAGGUGAAAUCAUUAAAUGCUUUAAAUGA